CUGAGCUAAAACGUAUGUUGCUUUAGCCUUGUGUUAAUAACAGGGAAUAUGUGUGAAACUGGUACAAAAUUGGACGGCAAAGUGGCUAUAGUGACCGGUGGAAGCUCAGGAGUAGGUUAUGAAGCAGCCAAGAAUCUCGCUCGACGGGGAGCUAGAGUAAUCAUAGCUAGUCGCAAUGAAACCAAACUAAAACUAGCUAGAGAUAAACUCCAAGAAGAAACCGGAAACAACGACAUUGGAUACAAAACAAUGGAUCUAGGGUCAUUCAAGUCUGUAAGAAAUUUCGUCGCCGAUACUACUAAUACUGAAAAUCGACUUGACAUAUUGAUCAACAACGCUGGUGCUGUAGGCCUACCCGAUGUGCUUACUGAAGAUGGACUUAAUUUAACUAUGCAAGUGAAUUAUUUCGGGACCUUUCUACUCACUUACUUAUUAAUACCAUUUCUACGUAAAUCCCCACCCAGCAGAAUCAUCAAUGGAUCAGCAGGAUCGAUGUACAUCGGAAGUGUUGACUUUGAGCACUGGAAUGACAUCGGGAGGUAUUCUUUCAUAGAAUCGCUAAGCAAUUCUAAGCUUGCUAUCACUUUAUUCAACGUUGAGCUGAGUAAACGUUUAAAUAGUGACGAAGUUACUGCUAAUAGUUAUGACCCUUUCGUAGUGCCAGAUACGGAUGUAUUAAAUCAGAUCCCGAGUGGUAUAAGAGACCUAGCAGAUUUCUUUAUAAGAUUAGUUGGUCAGCCGAAAGAAGAAGUCGGUGCUCAGAUAGCGUAUUUAGCUGCUGCGCCAGAGAUGAAAAAUGUUACUGGCAAACAUUACAAAUUCUGUACGGAUUGGUUCAACCACUGGCUAGCAAGUGACGAUGAACUAAGAAGAAUAUUAUGGGACGUUUCGAAGGAACUUGUUAAAAUUAGUGCGGACGAAGAUUGGGAAACAAAUGCCAUACAUUAAAAGCGAAAAACUAGUGUCACCUAUAAAUUUUAGCUACUAAUUAUCAUGAAGGACCCUCCUGAAUGAUCCUCUCCCCUUCCCUGAAAUAAAUGAGUGUGUAUUAGUUUAACAUUUCAGAAAAUGUAUUUGUCUAAUUAUAAGUAAGUAUACUUAUCAUGUACAUAUGGAGUAAAAGAUACUAGUUUCACUCCAUAUUUUAUAACUCUAAAGAUUAUUUAAUGUCAUUUGCAAUAACUAUGCGUUAAAAUUUUAAAACUGUAGUUGAACUAAGCUGGACACUAGUUUAAGCACCACCACUAUUAAACUGGAAACAAAUAUAAUGUUAAUUAACAUGUCUAUGUUUUUUUUAAUUCUUCAGUAAGCUUCUGCACAUAAUCCUCAUUGUGUCAUAGGUAGAUCACCGGAAAAGUUUAGCGCAUUCUCGUGGUCCCACGGCCCGUUUCGCACAAUACGGUUAUUCAUUGUUAACGGGACAUUAGGAAACUCUUGCGCAUAUGGCAAAUAGAGAGCUGCAUAAUUACUCUUAAGAAAAUAAAGGUUACUGUUCAAAAUGAUUUCAAAACAGAUCUAAAUCGCUCAGUUGCAGCAGUCCUUAUCAAGGGAUGCAAGUAGUGUAAUAGCUGAAGUACUUCAUAUUAAGUAAUAAAUAACAUCAAAUCAUCGCAGUGUUGGUGUAAAAUAUCAAGUUUAGUUUGAUACGUUUUACAAUCCUUCGUAUGUAUAGGUGGAUCGUGGUAGGUAAUAAUUACUUAGUUUUAGUAUUGAUACUUAGUAUUGCUUUUCUGAAAGUGUUGCUUAUUUAGAUUUUAUAUCAGGAACGCGAUUACUUGGACCUACG